UUGAAUCAUUGUGCUGUUGCCUAUGAAGGCGUGCGGUCGUUGCUCAAUUUCGGAAAAUAUUUCUGUGCUAGUGUGUGUGAAUGAUUUUUUUGGUUUUGGUUUGAUUGUACCCGGGAAUAUCUCGGUAAUUGUUCAUUGGACAUUGGAAGAAGAUGCUUCGCACGUAUUGAAAAUGUGUACAAAAGAAGAAAAUUCCUGUACAUAAUUUAACGUAUUCAUUGAUAUGAUUUUGUGAGUCAUUGUAUUCACUUAUUAUUUAUUAAACGAAAUUCUGAAACAGAUGAUAAAACACUAAUUAUGAUACACACUAUCUUCAAUAAUUAAAAACUUAAGAAAGUAAAAUUAAAAAAAAAUUACCACACUAGAUAAUACUAAGAGCAGCAAUAAAACGAUUGUUUUCACGUCGUUAAAUAAUAUAUUUAUAAGGGUAAUAAAAGUCAUAUAUUACCCGCCAGUCAUUACAAUAAAUUGACUACAAGAACACCAAUUAAGAACAAUAAAUAACCUGUUACGUAUGAACGUACCGCAGAAGGCCAUUAUUAUCCAAGAUCCACACUGAUGCCAAAAGAAAGGAAAAGCGGAAUCCAUAAAAGAAGAACCGACGUAAAUUCGAAAUGCAAAGUUAUAACGUCAUCAGCCAACGAAGAAUUUUACAGCAAAAGUAAUAAACUUCGUGGAAAUAAGGGUGAUUUUGAAGACGAUAAUAAUUUUGGAAUAGCAGAUAUAAUAUUGGUGUGUGAUCAUGUAACCUUUGGAAAGGUUAAAUAAGAAAUCAUUGAACAUUAAGAUACAGAUGUAAGUAAUGAGAGGUUUUUGGCUAGUUCGUGAUCGUGUAACCGAGUUAUGGCGUAAUAGAAAGUGAAACAGAUCUAAUAUAGCACCGAGUUUUGACAAAUCGUGUACGAAGAGGCUAAUCUCUCGAGAGUUGCGGUGAAUCUGGACAAAUGUACGAGACUGGUAGAGAUCGUGUCGUUCAACAUGACGCGUCGAAAAAUUGUGUUUUUAAAGUGGACUUUAGUAUUAUUAGUAGUUAUAUUUUGUCCGUCUGUGUGUCCACGGCCACAAGAUUCAUCUCCUUCAUUAGUUAUAAGCAGUUCUACUUCAAACAUUGACAAAGAUAAACCAACAGAAAAUCCUAUAAGGGAAUCCAGCCAGAAAAAUGAAGGUGAACCACAGAAGACAGAACAAAAAUCACCCGUUGUAGAUGUAACUCAAAAUUCAGGUCGAGAUGUCAAAACUAAGGCACCUGUUAUUCGAGAAUCUAUCAAAUUAGUAGCCAAUCAACUGUUAAAUAAACCAUCUAAUACCUCAGGUGGAUCAUCUGUUGUAGCUGAUGUAAGGGUUCCACCUAAAAUAAAAAACCAAGUGUCUAACAAGCAUACUGUAAAAACUAGAAAUGAGGAUGGAGAUGAACCCAUCGAAAAUGGUCAUGCAGGUAUUGCCGUCCCGGUCACAAUGGAAGAAUUAGAAAAAGAAAAUAAGAUUAGCGAGUCUUCCACUACGAAUGAAGGUAUUUCCACGUGGAUAUUGCUAAGUAAUCCAACAAACUUUACUGGAUCUACAGAACCUACAAAAGUUGAGGAUACUACUAAAAAACAGAAGAUAUCAACGCAGAAAAAUAAAACAAAACGUCCUCAAAAUAACAAAGUUCCGAUAGCUAAACGUCCUAUAAUUGGCAGUACUAAUAAAUCUGAUUUGGUUGCAGGUGGAUCAGCUAUAAAUGAAAACGUUUAUAAUAAAAUAAAAGAUACAGUAUUGUCAAAUGUUCAAAAGAACAAAGUAUCAACAACUCAACGUACUACCACUGUAAGCAGUACUGUUCCACCAACCACAACUGAAGUUUUAACAACAAAAAAAGAAGUAACAAAAGUUGCUAGUACAGUUUCGCCUGUCGUUAAAAUUACUUCUAAACCAACGAAAAAGAAAAACAAAAAUAAACACAAAGUAACCAGUACUACCCUUGCACCAGAGGAAAAUGAAUCAGCGUUGUUGCCCAUGGAACCCAAAGAACAAGAAAUUGAAUUGGAAAUUAGUACACCAGCCACGACUACAAAAAAGCCUAAAAGAAGUUCAACAAAAAAGAAAAACAAAACAAAGAAACGUAAAACUACUAAAAAGCCAGAAACUGAAACAGCUGUUUCGGAUAUCAAAACUACGAAUAAGACAAAAUCUACAAAACCAGCAAAAAAACCAACUAGUAUAACGGGACCAUUCACAACACAAAUCUAUAACUAUCUGUCACGAGAGGUUAUGCCUGUCGGAGUAGGAGUUAUAGGACUUGCUAGUUUAGUUGGACUAGCGAGUUAUUUCUUAUACCCAUUUUCCACACCAGUAAGAAGAAAUAUUGAUAUUGGAAAAAAAGAUAACUUAUUUGAAAAUAAUGCAGAAGAAUAUGCUAUUGAAGGAAAUGGUCAAGCUGAAGAGGAAAUGUUAGGAACUGUUCUCGCGGGUAUGCCGGCUCAUGCAAAGCACACAAUUAAUCCAUAUGCUGGUCAAACAGUAGCCCAUGGAAAUACUCGGUACACAACAGUUAAAAAAGAACAAGAUAUAAGAUAUCGUCAUGUUGCAGCAAAUCGUGAACCAAAUUAUAAUUAUCACUAUCCACAACAAAAAACUGGAAUAGCUCAUGGCGCAAUAUACUCAAAACCUAUCAACUACAAUCCACAUCAAUAUGAAACAAGAAAUAUUUAUACAACUGAAAGUAAAUAUGCAUAUGAUAAGGGAUCAAGUGCUUAUACUCCUUACCCGGCCGUCGAGCCAAUUUACGCAGCACCUCAAACUGGUCCGACUUCAGGUACUGGCUAUGGAAGUGAUACAUCAAGUUCUGUUGUAUAUGGUGUUAAACCAACUUCUGAUACUGAAUUCAGACCGGUGUACCCAUUUGAAGGACAAAUUUAUAGCGAAACAACUGUUAGUUCUGCUACAUAUCCUCCAACAUCUAUGUACUUGGGAUCAAAUAAUGACGCCGAAGAUACAGAAAACGAUAAAUACGAAGAAAAUGAGAGCAGCAAUGGCGAUGAAACUGAUAAUAAAUUUGUCGUAGGUAAUGUACCAAAAGAAUUAUCUGAAUCUGCCACACCAGCAGUAGUUCCGGAACAUGGUCCCAGAAAAUUAAGGAAGAAAAGACAAGCAGUGAAUAUGGGAAACGUAAAUUUUAGAGAAAGUAGUAUUGAGGAACUUUUGAAUGAUACUAAAAAUCGAAAAGACAUAUUUAUGAGUAACGAAAUUGAUGAUUCAUUUGGCUAUGUAAAGCAUAUCGCGUCGCUUACUAAUCAGAAUUCAGUAAAAGAUGAUGUGACAUCGCAACCGGAAUCUAAAGACGUAUUUACAGUAUAUGCAGAGCCAGCUAAUCCAUCCGUUGAUCAAAAGACAACAUCAACUGAUGUACCUAGUACAUACAGGAAUGAUAUAAUAGAAAGUGUGUCAACAUUGCCGAUAGAUACUCCAGUAAAAUCAACAACUGAUUCAGCUACGGCCAACGAAUUAGAAGUUACAACGAAAUCUUUUAGAGUUUACGAAGUUUUUUCGACUCAAGCUGAUGAGCAGAAUAGUCCAUUAAUCAAAGGUAAUACUGACACUCCGAUACAGGAAACAACAUCAAUAAAGAAUGUGAUGACUGAAACAACUACAGAGUUAAAAUCAGAAACGACUUCAACUAUUUCUCCAUCGCUUCCGUCUGUUUCUACAGUAAAUUAUAAAGAUGAUACUGACGUCAUAACGUAUCCACCUCCAAGACAAGAAAAUGGAUUCUUAUCUUUAUUGAGGCGCUUUCUUGAAUUCAAAUACAGACUUGGAAUGAGCAUACUCCAAACGACUUCAGACAAUUUGAAAAGGUACUUAGAAGACACAGUACACAAUGUAACGAAGGCGUCGUAGAACUUUCUCAAAUUAAGCUUAUAUGUUAAGAUACUCACCGAAAAUAUUUAAUUCUAUAAGAAUGAUAUUCCUUUUAUACGAUUUUUAUAUUACUUACAGCGCAUAUAAAGCUGUGGAUUGAAAAUAACAGGGAUAAUUAGGAUUUAGCAGCUGACUGAAAAAAAUUGGAGCUAUUUUAUAAUUUCAGAAUGUUAAUCUCGUUUCAAUGAGGAAAACCUACUGAAGUUAUAUUGUGAUAAAGUAUUUUUUUGGAAAAUCGACAGUUCACUACUAAUUAAGUGUUAAAUUCUGUUGCUGAUAUUAAUAAUUGUUAACAGAUUCCUAUAAAAUAAUCAUCAAAUAUAUGAAGCAUUUAUUUUAAGCAGAUUCGUUGUAAAUAUUAAAAUAAAAUAUCUUAUAAUAAAACAAUAAUAAUACA